AGAAACAUUAUUAUUAUUAGAUCACAUUCAUACACCGACUCAAACAAACCCACUUCUCCUUUCUCUUCUCUUCUAUAUAAACCAUCUUUCUCUCUCUCUCCCUUUUGCUUCCUUCCUUUUACUUCACUUAUUAUCACACACCAUCUUCUCUUUCAUAUUUAUGCUUUCUGCCUCUUCAUCUCUUCCUCUCCCCGAUCUAUCAACCAUGGUGGACCUUCAAACCGUUUGCUGCAUGUGCGGUGACGUUGGUUUCUCUGACAAACUUUUUCGCUGCAACAAAUGUCGCCACCGAUUCCAGCACUCCUAUUGUAGCAACUACUACGGGGAAUUAGCAGAGAUAGGACUAUGCGAUUGGUGCCAAAGUGAAGGGAGAAGCUCGAGACAUAUCAUUGGUUCGAAUUCGAAGAAAGCGGUGGCCGGAAACUACGGCGGAAUGAGCCACCGUUCGGAAUAUUCCGGCGAGAAAAUCAAGCACCAUGAUCAUGAAGAGAGUGGUUCUUCGGAAAAGGGGAAGAGCCCCGUGCCUUCACCGAGAACCUCCACAAGAAGGUACAAGCUUCUCAAGGAUGUAAUGUGUUAAAGAGGGAAAAGAAACAACAACAUCCUUAACCACGAAGAGACACCGGUAUAUAUACUAUUAGUGUUAAUUAGGUGUGCCAAAGGGUUAAUUUUGUACGUUUAUAUAUAGUAGUAGCUUGUAAAGACUUUCUUUAUGCGUGUUCUACUAGUUUUGUUAAUUUUCAGUGGCCUUUUCAUCAAGUUGUGAAUAGAACUAUGAAGCUUCAAGUUCAUUGUAUUAUUAUUAGUACCCCAUAAUCUAUGUAUGAUAUAAGAUUCGAGCUAUA